CCACUAGCUGUCCAAAAUACCCACCAUUGAGCAUAUCUCCUUUAAGAUACCUUUCUCCCUUGCCUAAAAUCCCAAAUACACACACACAAACACACAAUAGAAAAACUCCCAUAGUCUUUCAAAAAUCCCAAAUUCACACACACAGAUACUAGAAAAAAUUCACAUGAUCUUCCAAAAAUCCCAAACUCUCACACACACUAGAAAAACUCACAUAAUCUUUCAAAACUCCCAAACUCUCUCUCUCUCUCUCUCAAACACACACACACACUACAAGAACUCACAGAAUCUUUCAAAAAUCCCAAAUUCACACACACAGACACACUAGAAAAACUCACAUAAUCUUUCAAAACUCCCAAACUCUCACACAAACACACACUAAAAAACCACACAUAAUCUUGUAAAGUCCCAAAUUCACACACACACACACCAAGAAACUCACAGAAUCUUUCAAAAAUCACUCACUCACACACACACACACACACACACAGAGAGUAGAGCUCACAUAAUCUUGUAAAACAUGGCAACUUCAAUUUUCCUCUCACACCCUCUUUCCCCUUUCUCUCCUCUAUCAAAACACCACAAAAUACCAACUCCCAAACAAACCUCAACCAUAUCAUCAUAUCACUUCAACAAACACAUACUACCAAACAACCCCACCACCAAAACACCAUUUCCCAAUUCUCUUUUUUCAUUUUCCUCAAAACCAAGAAAGCAAUUCAAUCCAAUAUCAGUAGGAAGAACACAAACAGAUGAAAAAGAUGAAAUCUUGGUUGGUGAAGAUUCAGCUGAAUUUGAGUUAUCCAAACAAAAGAUUUCAUCUUGGGUUUACUUUCUUGGAAUUCUUGGUGUUGUUCUUUAUGCUCUUAAUGUUAUUUGGAUUGACAAUUCAACUGGCUUUGGAAAAUCAUUCAUUGAUGCUCUUUCCAGUAUUUCAGAUAGCCAUGAGAUUGUAAUGCUUUCCCUUACCUUCAUUUUCGCAAUAGUCCACAGUGGUCUUGCUAGUCUUAGAGACAAAGGUGAGGAACUCAUUGGGGAGCGUGCUUUUCGUGUAUUGUUUGCUGGGAUUUCUUUGCCAUUGGCAGUCAGCACAAUUGUGUAUUUCAUUAACCACCGAUAUGAUGGAGUGCAGUUAUGGGAAUUAAAAAGCAUUGCUGGGAUUCAUGAACUAGUUUGGUUUUCCAACUUUAUUUCCUUCUUCUUCCUAUACCCGUCGACAUUCAAUUUACUGGAAGUAGCGGCUGUUGACAAGCCCAAGAUGCAUCUUUGGGAAACUGGGAUUAUGAGGAUUACCAGGCAUCCACAGAUGGUUGGGCAGGUGAUAUGGUGCUUAGCUCACACACUAUGGAUCGGGAAUUCAGUUGCAGUGGCGGCGUCAGUAGGAUUAAUCGGACAUCAUCUGUUUGGUGCCUGGAACGGGGACCGAAGGUUAGCAAUACGAUAUGGUGAGGCUUUUGAAGUCGUGAAGAAGAGAACGAGUGUCAUUCCAUUUGCAGCUAUUCUUGAUGGACGCCAAAAGUUGCCCGAAGAUUAUUACAAGGAAUUUAUCAGAUUGCCAUAUGUAUCAAUAACAGCAUUGACAUUAGGUGCUUACUUCCUCCACCCCAUUAUGCAAGCUGCCAGUUAUCGGCUACACUGGUAGCCCUGCUGUGUCACAAAACUCUCUUCAAUACAAGAAAUCGCGAGUCCGAGUUGUAUAUUUUCCAAGAUAUAUAAAGUCACUGUUGUAGAAAGCAAAGAAAGAAUAGAAAAUAUAAAGGAUUCAGUUUACUGUGUUUGGAA